GGUUGGUCACUCUUCAUGGACGUUGGUAUCUAAGUUUGCCAUCAUUGGUAUUUUUCCACUAGCUCUCGAAACAAAAGCUCUACUAAGACCCUCUGGCCUUGCAAAGUUCAUAAUUGAGUUUGCUUCUUGCUUGUAUGCCCUCCGAUAAGCUCCUAGAUGUUGUCAUACGAAGGGGCUGGGCUCGGUGUGGCGGUGCUCAUUCGCGGACCUUCAAAUUGAAAGUUUGCACGAGCAUGUAGUGGCACCGUGAGUCAUACAAAGGAGACUCUUUCUUCGUAGGUGAACAAUGAAUCUAGUUAUACCAUUGUUGUAGUAAUCUUUCUCUGUGGUAGUGUCGUCUAGCAGGCAACUUUGGAAGUUGAACGCGGCGGCAGAUCGCGAGGCCAGAGCAUCACGCAUCAUACCUCGCAGUUCUUUCGGCAACCUAUGGAAAUUUUCCGAAUAUAUUCUGGUCAUGAAAGGAAGGUGCACCGAAGUUCAUUUCCAAACUGAGUAAAAAAUGCGGAGGAAUAGGUGAAUUUUCGGCUUACUUAACGGAACGUGGGCUGUAUGCCAUUAAUGAAAGGAAACCGCGAAAGGAAGUACCUCCGUGAAACUGUACCGAAGGAUCGCGGAAAGGGGCUUCCGUCGAUCUCGUUACCCGAGAUCUACUUUCGGCGGUCAGCCAUCUCUUAAGAAGCCCCAAGUUCGAAUGGAAAUACUUCAUACAUACGUUUUUCCCUUCCACAUCCCACCCUAACUGUUAUCAUGUCCAAUAACCAUCAGGUGUCCUUUGAUGACGCCGCUCACUUUCAUCCUCGAGACCAGCAUCAGCACUUCGACCUUACUGGCUUCACUUUGCCACAGCGCUCAGCGUCUCCUGUGUCCUUUGGCAAUUCUCCCCACAGUAUAGCGGCGUAUAUGCAGGACGUCCUGAGCAAUCAACCAGGCUUCCCCAUCUCCAACCCUUCACCCUUCACCCACUACUGGGGCAAUAAUCGGACGGUCUUCACCAAUCCCUUCCUGGAAUCCGCCACUGCCGGUCUUCACGACUCCCGCACACCUAUCCGUGAACCCGCCCCGAUCCGCGCUUCAUCCCCUCAUGUUCUCUACGAAGCACCUGGCUCGUGGGGGAAGGUCGAACCGCAGGAACAAUCGCUUAAUGGCACCGCUGGUUCGGCACCUUCGACGUCCAACUCUCUCUUCCACAACGACUUCCGCAACGUCUAUGCCCCACCUCAGGUCGCCUCUUUCCACAACUACCCAGCUUCGACUUCUAUUAAGUCGCCGGCUCCUUCGGAUCGGCGUCCUUGGGAGAUGGGUGCCAUGGCUGGCUCUCUAGACGUUAAUACUGGCGUUUAUCAGCGUGCACCUGAGCACCCUCGUGUGCGGACUGCUCAAGCUUGCGAGAAAUGUCGUAUUCGGAAGGCCAAGUGCAGCGGUGAAACUCCCUGUCAAAGAUGCCGUAGUCGCGGUCUGACUUGCGAGUAUGCCCCCGAACGUAAGAUGAGAGGCCCGAACAAGGUAAAGAGGAAGAGUGUUGUCGACGCUGCUUCUGCCCGUCGUGCCUCCGUUGCAUCCUCUGGCUCGAGCUCAGAUGAUCAAGCGACAACUUCCUUUGAUUCUCCCCACAACCCUCACAGGCGAUCUUAUCUAUCCUCCGACGUUCAUGCCAACCACCACUCCCCUCCCUCCGUCAGGACCGACAAUCCUUCGACUGAUCGUCAUUCUCCUACGCAUAGCUCCGAUAGUGCCUCGGAUUCGGAGUCCUCUCAACCUCGUAGAGCCCGCCCACCUCGUUUGAAUCUGCCACCAGCCAGUAUAUACGAUCUUAGGAAUCAGAUGCGCCAGGUCGGUGUCCAUGGAUUAGAUAUGGAUGUUCAGAUGGAACGCUCUCCAGCAGUGACGGCUAGACGGGCUUCAGUCCCUAGUUAUCUCAUGGAGCCGUGCUCUCGAGUACCAGCAACUAGGAUUUCCUCUUCCUCUCCCGUGCUAGCCACUCCUCGUCCGUCGGAUUAUGUCGAACCGCUCGACAGGUAUUCCCAAUCAGUGGCCAUUGGCAGACCUGAUAACCACAGCACAUACUCUCAUUCUCGUUCAUCAUCGGGAACCUCCAUGUCCCUCUCCACACCCAUCACACCCAUCACACUGCCCACAAACAACUCUAACUUGUACCAUCAAGACUUCGUAUACCCAGACGAGUUUUCGUCGUACGAGAGUCAGUUCAUGUCCAAUCUCGAAAACUCCCCUGGAUUUGCUACACUAGAGCCUUCGUACCUUAAUGAUGCUUUGCAUGAUCCUACGGAUGGUUGGACAAACUUUGACAUGGAGGCGACGCCUUCCAUCACGUCCGGUGCGCAGGAGAAGAAUGUUUUUCAUGCUGUUGGCCAUGCCUUCUAGGUGUUUGUCAUUUAAAAGUACUCGUGUCUUCACCCCAAGUCCCAUUGAUGUAUAAGUGGCGUUGCUGUACGAAUUCUUGGAUUCUUAGUUUAUUCUUAUCUAUGUCCACUUUAUCCCCCUCUCAUUGUAUCCCCAUGUCUAUUCCCAUCUACUUGUCUCAAUCUUCAUCGCCCUCCUCCUUCGUAUCAUAGACGAUGCGCCAAUAUCCUUCUCUUUGAACGAGUAUAUCUCCUCGAAAGAGACGUUUGUACGGGAAAAUAAUUCCAUAAUCUCCGUCCUUCUUCUAGCUGUUAUCUUUUACCCUGCUCGUCAUGAUUCUUAUCGUCAAUUCACUGCCUCCAGAUAACCGCACUGAACCUCACGGAUGGAUGUUGAAGGCGGGAUGCCCACUUUCGGAUCGUGGUGGA